GUUCACUUGAGGUUCGAGUCGAAGGUUUCAAAGCCAACGAAAGCGAAAGCGCAUGUUCAGCCACAUGGAUACAACUCAACGAAACGCAACGAAAGCGCAUCUUACUCGAGCCAACGUGGGUAAAAAUAAUCCAUGGAGACACAUUGGUGUGUUAUUGGAGGGCGAGAGUCCCAAAAUUGAGAAAAUUCAGCAGCAGUCAACUUCAUCACUGCCCCUUAUGCACAGAUGCAAUAUAUAGUCAACAACCACAUCAGAGGUCAUGCCUCAGUGAGGCACAGAGGCUCCAGCCUCCUCUCGGCCCUCCAGGACCUGCCCUCUGCUCCAUGGCUGUCCCGCUCCAAGGUACAGAAGCAGCUGCAGGUCAUCUCCGUGCUGCAGUGGGUGAUGUGCUUAUUUAUGCUGGGAGCGGCCUGCACGUUGCUCCUUGUCUACAUCUUCUGCACCGACUGCUGGCUGAUAGCCGCCAUGUACACCGCCUGGCUCAUCUUCGACUGGAACACCCCGAAACAAGGAGGCCGCAGGUCCUCCUGGGUCAGAAACUGGACUGUGUGGACUUACUUCAGAGACUACUUCCCUAUCAGACUCAUUAAGACGCACAACCUGCUGCCCAGCCGGAACUACAUCUUUGGCUACCAUCCCCAUGGCAUUUUGUGCUUCGGGGCUUUCUGUAACUUUGGGACGGAGGCCACAGGCUUCUCCAAGAAAUUCCCUGGAAUUAGGCCCUCCCUGGCAACCCUGGCUGGAAACUUCCGGAUGCCGGUGCUGAGGGACUAUUUGAUGUCUGGAGGCAUCUGUCCGGUGAACCGAAACUCCAUCGACUACAUCCUGUCCCGGAACGGAACGGGCAAUGCCGUGGUCAUUGUUGUUGGGGGAGCGGCAGAGUCCCUGAACUGCGCUCCCGGCGUGAAUUCUGUCACCCUGAAGAACCGCAAGGGAUUUGUGAAACUGGCCCUGCAACAGGGGGCUGACCUGGUGCCUGUGUAUUCGUUUGGGGAGAACGAGGUCUACAAGCAGCUGAUCUUCGAGGAGGGCACGUGGUGGCGGCUGGCUCAGAGGAGACUGCAGAAGUUGCUGGGGUUCGCAAUCUGCUUGUUCCAUGGCUGCGGCCUGUUCUCCGACGGCACCUGGGGCCUGGUGCCUUACUGUAAACCCAUCACCACUGUCGUUGGAGAGCCCAUCACCGUGCCUAAGAUCGAGGAGCCCAGCCAGGAAGUGGUGGACCAGUACCAUGCCAUGUACAUCAGCUCUCUGGUCAAACUCUUCGACGAGUACAAGGUCCGCUUCGCCCAGAAGCAUAGCGUCCUAGAGGUCCAGUGAGAUGGGGCUUUUGGACCUCCGACAGAGAAUUGUACUGCCUAGCUCAAACACCCCCCCCCCCCCCAUUCAAGUGCCUGGCUGAGAUCUGGCAGCAUUGUGGCAAGCAAGGAGGCUUCCCUCUUAUUGAAACAGAGCAUAAUAAAUAUAUAAAAUUAAUCAUAAUUUGUUAUUCAGCCAGAUGCUUUUAUCCAGAGGGAUUUACAGUUGAUUAGACUAAGCCCCCCAGGAACAAUGCCGGGUUAAGGGCCUUGCUCAAGGGGCCAACAGCUGCACAGAUCUUAUCGUGGCUACACUGGGGAUCGAACCACCAACCUCCCGGCGCCCAUUGAAGUACCUUAGCCGCUAGGCUACUCUUUUAUCGCUCUCUAAUAUCCUGAUCCUCCUGGGCUGCCGAGUGAUGGGGCUGUUGCAGUGUAUCCACAGCAACAAGGGUGAUUGGAAUAGAUGGGGAACAAUUGACUACCAAAUUUGGAGAAAAUUGGGGGAAAAGUCAGAAACAGAUUUAUCAAAGAAAUAAAGAGUAAUAAAGAGGUGGGGUAGGAGUUCUCCAGCACCAUGUCGACCUUGGCCCCUACAGUUCUGCCCAUCUGAUCACCUUUUGGCCGCCCUCCAUAACAUCAUGACUCCACCAGCACAGAUAGAUGGGCCCAUGUAUGGUAUCAUCUGGGACGUUAGUUUCUGCCGGGCUGCUCUGGUCCACAACUGGUUCCUUGCCCACCCUAGAUAUUCCAACAUUUGUCUCCCACCAUAUUCACCAUUUCUGAAUCUAAUAACUUUUCUCCGCAUUGUGAUGGAAUGUUUAUGACCGGAAGUCACACACACACACACACACACACACACACAGAUGCCCGUUCUCCAGGCAAUGGAGGAGUCAUGUGGUGAUAUUCCUAUAGAAGCAUUCCAGGGUUGGAUACGUCAUGCCAGGAGAUACCUUCCACUGCUUGGCCAGGAAAAACAUCACCUGUAAUGUAGAUGUGGUUCUGUGGCCAGACAGAACGAAAGACAGGAAGCAGCCAAAAUGUUUUGAUAGUUAUAAUUUAGUCUACUGUGUACAGCAUUUGUAUUUCUCUUGUGUUUAGAGAACACCUUGAAUACCAACAGAAUGUGUUAAAAUGUUCACAUUAGUUCUGAAAAAUAAAAAAUAUUUUGUCAUUUUA